AUUUAAGAAGUGUGAUUAAGUUGCUUAAGAGUUAACUUAUAUUUUCUUUUCUUUUCAUUUUUGAAAAUGGUACAUGUCAGGGGUGGAGCUAUCCUGUUUCUGGGAACAAAGCGCCACCAUGAUGAGUGGUUGAGGGAUACUGAAAAUUAUGCAGUGAAAGAUGUUUCUCUUGAUGGCAAGUAUCUGACUGCAAUUAAGGAUCCUGACAGGAGAUUCGGGAGCAUUCAUGGCGCCUUUGACAACAGGGCGUGUAACCAUACCAUCCAUUGUAACUUACUCAGCAAAACAAUUGCCAUAAGAUACUCAUUGACAAGGAGAGCAUUUUCAGUCACACCAAAUGGACCUGAAGCUUUAUUGCUUGAUUACCCCAGCCAUCAAAGACGACUACUCCCUCUUCUUGCAAAGAUAUAUGCCAUGAGCUUUGCUACUAACUUCUUGAAAAGGAUGUAUGUGAAGAGGAAACCUGAAACGAUCAAAACCUUACAUGUUGUUUCAAGUGCCUUUAAGGCUACCUUAAGCUGGCAUAAUAUGCGAACACUUCAGGUAGUAGCAGACAUCACAAUUGUGAUCAAAAUGUCUUGUGGAUAUUGA